CCAACUUACACGCGAGACACUCGUUAUGUUGAACGCACACAAACAACCAAAACACCACUCGAGCAUCACACUCCUCCUCCUCCUCGUCUCAGACCGUUACCAACACCACCACCACUAAGAGCGCUCACAAACUCCAUCAAGACGCCCGUCAGCUGCGCCGGCCUGUCCAUCUGCACCAAGUGUCCCGCGCCCUCAAUCUCCCUCAGCACCACCGCCCCUUCUUCGCCGCCCAUCAUGCGCUUCAGCUCCCUCCCCCUCUCCACCGGCACCCACGAAUCCUCCGUCCCCCAUACCAGCAGCACCCGCCGUGUCCGACUCUUCCCGUUGCUCCCAUCCUCGCUUUCCCCCGUCCCAUCCUCGGCCAUCACCAUCGCCAGCGGCACCUCCCCAUACCGGCCCUCCAGCUCCGUCGUGAACCGCUCGUCCGCCUGCUGAAUCUGCCGGUAAAACGCCGCUUGGCCGUCGCCGUCGCACCACGGCUUGGCCAGCGCCUCCAGCGUCUCAGCCCGUAGGCCCGCGUGGCUCGCGCCGGAGAUGUACUCCCUCACCAGCGCGCCGUGCAGGUUCGCCGGCAGCUGCGCAAACACGCCGGCGUGCGCGCCCACGAGCCGGAAGAAGGGCGAGCCCCAGGGCGCGACCGCGACGGGAUCCACGAGCGCGAGCGCUGCGUAUCGCGCUCCGUGAAGAAGGUGCGCGCGCAGGGCCACGGCGCCGCCAAAAUCGUGCGCGAUGACGAUGGGAACCCAUUGCUGCUGCUCCUGCUGCUGCCCCUGCUGCUCUGAGCGCCAGUGCGCGAGUAGCUCUGCAAAGAGCUUACCCUGGGCGCCCAGAGAGACGUCCUGCCCAUCGUAUUUGUCCGAGCGCCCGUAACCCGGCAUGUCCCAGAGGUAGACCGUAUGUGUGGACGUGAAGGCGUCGGCGAUGUCCCGCCAUACAAAGGACGACCAGGGCGUCCCAUGAGUGAAGACAAGGGGCGGGCCGGCUCCCAAUUUGGUCCACCGGACGGUACCGUUGGAAGAUGAAUAGCGUAGUGGCAGGUCCAUGAUGAAGUGACUGACGGCCGUGAUAUUGAGCGAGGUGCAGAAAGACACCUGGGUCCGGUGCUGAGCUUGCGCAAUAUUUCCAUGUCAUCCACGCCUUGUCAAUAGCAUGCCAAGCACCCGCUAUCCCUAUCGCAAUCAUCGUACUCGGCCAGCCGUCCGCAUCACGCACCGCCACGUACUUUUUUAACACUCGAGAAGUAUCCCCCCUCCAGUUCACUGAAAUUGUCACAGUUGCGUUCACAGGGGCAAGCACACCCUGAGGGGAAGUUGAAAUAGCUAAGCAUCAAAUCAACCUGAACCUAUCCACGCGCUGCUAAGAUCCAGUUAGUGGCCACCAUUAUCCCUGACUGGGUUACGCUCGCCGCCAUGCUGAAGGACCAGGGAAAAGCUGUAUAGUGUCUGGGCGACUUGAGUACGAAGAGGUGUCAAUAUCGGCGGUGCGCCCUUCAUUUUUGUGGCUUAUACCGGCACUCCAUAAAAUUCACUAGGCCUGUGCUUGUCGAGCAGUUCGCUGCGGAUCGUCCGACUGGACUGCACACAGCAUGAAAGGCUGGCGUUCCGACUGUCAUGAGGAUGCUUGAGCGGUCCCCCCCAAAGGUACAGUUCGCUCCAUAUAUGAUCGUCAUGGUCUCUGUUGUCUAGGAUCAGAAGCCAUUCUCGAAGUUUUAGAUAGACGUUGAGAUGCGCCCUCGAAGGGUCGUUCGAACCGACGUCUCGGCAUUAUGGAUCAUCCAAGUUCGCGCGCAGGCCCUUCAUGAAAGCUUGCUUUGGUAGACGCAUCAGUCCAUUGUGUCUCAGGACUGGCUCGGCAGCGCAAAACGCACAACGGGCUGCCGGAAUCGAGGCCGUGCUUCAUGAGAGUGAGACUACCAAGAAGCUGCAGGAAGAAGCGCAGGCCCUGGAAGAACAGAGGCCCGAAGAACAUCACGCGAGGAUCUGGGGUGUGAAACCCAGCAAGGAGUGGUAUGAGCAGAACGCUACUACACUAGCUGCUGGUGUCAGUGCUGCUAGCGAAGGCGCAGGAUUCGUAGCUACCGCAGUAUCAGCGGGCGCUGCCAUGUUGAGUGGUGUUGGCGUCGCAGCAGACGUAGGCAUUGCAUUGGCUCACUACUCACUACUGAGAAGUGAAUUAUCCAGGUUGGAAGACCAAUGCGCCGAACGAGCAAUGAACACUAGCAGGAUAACAGCCGAGGCUACGCGCUUGCAGGCUACGCUUCUGAGACUAUCCUCUGAGAAAAGCAACCUGGCUCAGGUUGUCAAAAUCGUUCAGGACUCACUCUAUCACGUAUCCCAGUUACAGAUCCAGAUUCUGAACUUUAUCGACUUCAUUGACCAGAUGAAAGACAUCAUGGAAAGCAUAGCCCAAGACGGUACAGCGGUUCAUGGAAUAGCAGACAGGCAUGAGGAUACAGUAGAUCCAGAGAUCGAAAAGCUUCUCCGGGAUCGCGCCUUUGAGAUGAUGGCAAAGCUCGUCUUUGCCACCAGAGCCUCCCAAAUCUACAAAGAAGUGUCAAUUCGAUACAUAAUGCCGGAACUUGACAUUCUCCCAACAAUGCGAUUCUUUAUGUCCGGUACCGAUGACGAGAUCGAUGAUCAGUUCAAACGACUGAACGAGAGACGAGAGGAGAUAUUUCGGGGAACACUCGCACUUGUCCUGACGAUGCACAGAUCUCUGAAGGACGAUCUGAAGCUUAUCGCUGAGACCUGCGCGUCAUCUGUCGAGUUGAUCGAGGACGCGGCAAGCGAACAGAUGGGCUAG